CCACACGGCCCACUUAUAACGGUGCACACUUGGUUAAGAAGAAGGAUUUUGUUUUCUACAAUGGAUAUCUCGGUUCAUCUGUAACUGUUUAAAGCGUGUUAAGCAGAGCUUGCAAUCAUGCCUACGGUGGUUCUUAUGGACUCCUCGCUGUCCAUGACGCGACCCGUGUCAGUGGAGGGCAGCGAAGAGUUUCAGAGAAAGAACUUGGCAGUCCACGGACUGACAAUGCUGUUUGAACACAUGGCAACAAAUUACAGACUCGAGUUCACUGCACUUGUCGCCUUCUCUUCUCUUUGGGAGCUUCUGGUGCCAUUCACCAGAGACUACAAUACUCUACAGGAGGCCUUGAACAACCUUGAAGACUACGAUAAAACCUUCCUGGAGUCAGCACUACAAGGUGUUAGCAAUAUAGUACAGCAGGAGUGGGGAACGUCCUGUCCAUGCCAGGUAGUGCUAGUUACUGAUGGUGCUCUGGGGAUUGGUCGUGGUUCUUUGCGUCACUUCCUGCAAACACUGAAUCAACGGGUGGAGGAUAAAAAAUUCCCACUGCCUUUCCCAUUCCCUUCCAAACUUUAUGUCAUGUGCAUUGCCAAUGCAGAAGAGCUCCAAGCUACAGAUGGUAUGGAUAACUUGGAGCAGCUGAUUAGUAUAAAUGGUGGAGAGGGUCAGAUAUACACUAUGGAGGGACCCCUCUGUCUUAAAAAUGUCCAGUCUAUGUUUGGUAAGCUGAUUGACCAUGCAUACUCUCCCUUCCAUGCGGUGCUGCGCUGUGGGAACCUGGCCUCUGAUGUGCAGGUCUUUCCCAGGCCAGAGCCCGUGCUGUCUGAUGAGGAGGUGGAUCCCAUGCCCAAAACAGUGCAACCAGACUUGGAGAUUGUAGGAUUUAUUGAGAUUGGAGACAUCUCCAGCCCUCCUGUUUUAUCCAGACACUUGGUCCUGCCCAUUGCUGUGACUAAAGAGGGGGAUGAGAUAGGUACAGGGGCCACUGAUGAGACAGAGGAAGAGACCGCCACAAAUCAGAUGGCUGGCAAGAGUCCAAAUUUCUGCGUUCUUCUACAUGGCAGCCUAAAAGUGGAGGGCAUGGUGACACUUGUACAGCUGGGGCCAGAGUGGUUUGGAAUGCUUUAUUCCCAGGCAGACAGUAAGAAGAAGUCCAAUCUGAUGAUGUCACUCUUUGAGCCAGGCUUAGACCCUCUGCCCUGGUUGGGCAGAUUGUCACAGCUUGGUCCUGCCUCGGAUGCAGCGGAAAAUCCCUAUGGUGAAGGUGACGGUAAAAGUCCUUUCCCCAUACAGCCGAAACACAAGAGAAGCUAUGCUCAGAAUGUUACAGUCUGGAUUAAAGCCAGUGGAUUGCAGACAGAUGUACAAAAAAUCCUCCGUAAUGCAAGGAAGCUGCCAGAAAAAACACAAACCUUCUAUAAGGAAUUGAAUCGUCUUCGGAAGGCUGCACUGGCCUUUGGUUUCUGGGAGCUCUUGAAGAGUGUAGCUGAACUGCUGGAGAGGGAGUGCACUCUGCUGCCAGACUCUGCCCACCCUGAUGCUGCCUUUCAGCUCUCACACGCUGCCCAGCAACUUAAACUGGCCAGUAGUGGAGACUCCAAGUAUGCAGCCUUCGAACACAACAUCACCCCCAUGCUCACUGACUUCUCUGGGGGUGGAGGAGCUGAGAGAAUGUAGGUGAUCGGGGUACAAUUUUCAAUGGACAACUACCUGAUCUGAUUAAAGGAAUAGUUCACCCAAAAAUGAAAAUUCUGUCAUCGGUUACUCACCCUUAUGCCUUUUUCAUCUGCUGAACUCAGAUUUUUAGUAGAAUUUCUAAGACAUUUUGGUCCAUACAAUUGAAGUGAAUGGGUGCCAAAAUGUCGAAGCUCCAAAAAUCACAUAAAUCAGCAUAAAAGUAAUCUAUAAGACUCCAGUGGUUAAAUCAAUGUCUUCAGAAGUUAUAUGAAAUUUGUGGGUGAGAAACAGAUCACUUUUACGUUCUUCUUGUGUUUUUGGUGAUUCACUUUCUUCAUGCGUAUCACUCCCUACUGGGCAUUGAGAAGAAUUUAAAGUAAAAAAGGACUCAAAUAUUGAUCUGUUUCUCACCCACACUUAUCAUAUAACUAAAAAUAUGGAGUAAACCACUGCAGUUGUAUGGAUUACUUUUAUUAUGCCUUUGUGCUUUUUGGAGCAUCAAAAUUUUGGCACCCAUUCACUUGCAUUGUAUGGGCCUACAGAGCUGAAAUAUUCUUCUUAAAAUCAUAAUUUGUGUUCUGCAGAAGACAGUCAGUCAGUCAUACACAUCUGGGAUGGCAUAAGGGUGAGUAACUGAUGAGAUCAUUUUCGGGUGAACUCUUUAAAAGGACUGGACCUCUAAGAGUUACUGCAGUCCUUCUCACACACAAACGUGGCAUUUUCAGUGGUGUCACACCUCAACAAAGCCAAGGAUUAAGAGGAAAAGUUUGGGUUGCUGUCUUGGUGAUAGAGAUAGGGAACCAUGAACUUUGUGACAAAGUACUACAUUCAAGGAAAGAAAAGCAUUUUACAAAGAAAAUGCAUUUUGAAACUUCAGAAUCUAUUUUCAGACUAUUUUUUGUUUGUGUAAAUAGCAUUUUCUCCAUGUCUAAAUUAAUAAAAACAUUUUUUAAAGAAAAUCCUGUUCUCUCUUUUUAUAUUUUUGCAUUUGUUCUGCACGAGCUUCUGUGUUUCACCUGUUCUUAUACUGCAGAUAUUAUUGCUCUUGUACGACACAUUGUUUGUGAUAUUUCUCAUUUGUAAGUCGCUUUAUAUAAAAAAGCACCUGUUUAAAUAUAAAUAAACUACAGGCAUUUAUAAAACAUGGUUUAGAGUAGUCUGAAAAAUUAAAAUAAUGUUUCAAAUAAAUUUUUUAAUUAAACAUUUUCAGUUGCAUUUACCAUGCACAUUCUUGUCCAGAUAUGACACACACUGAAAGCCAAAGUUUGGAAUAAUGUACAGAUUUAGCUCCUAUGGAAAGAAAUUGGUACUUUUAUUCACCAAAGUGGCAUUCAGCUGAUCAAAAUGUUUAGUCAGGACAUUAAUAAUGUGAAAAAUUACUAUUACAAUUUGAAAAAAAAAAAAAAAAAUUUACACAUCUUCUUAAA